ACCAUUUAAAGGACAUGGGCUGUUUGCAAGUAUUCAUAAAUGCUAUUGUUGUAGCUUUGAUGGCUAUAUACGUGUAUGAAAAUGAAAGAAAAAUGGAGAAAAUGUCGACCCAGCAUGAUCAAACAGAAAAGGAGAUCGAUGUAUUAAAGAUAGAAGCUAAAAGGAAAGAUGACCACAUGAAAGAGUUAUUAUCAACAAAAGCAGAGACAGAGAAACUAACCCAAUUAGAAAAUCAACAGAUCGAAGGAACAAAAAAACUAACUGAAAUAGAAAAUCAACAAAUCGCAGGGACAAGAAAACUUACUGAAGUAGAAAAGCAACAAAUCGCAGGGACAAAACAAAUUGCUGAAGUGGAAAAUCAACUUCUCAAGUCAAAUGAAAAAGGGGUGACAUACAUCAGAUGGGGUAAGACAAAAUGUGAUGGAAAUAACACUGAAACAAUAUAUUCAGGUCAAGUAGGUGGUGGUCACUACUCACACACCGGGGCAAGCGUAAACUACGUAUGUUUACCUGACAACCCAGACGUCGCACUCCCGCUCAAAAAAGGUGGUGGCUACGCUAUUCUGUAUGGGGCAGAAUACGAAAUAUUUGAACCAAACAAACCAGAAGGAAUCAGAUCUGGUAUAUCAGAUCAUGACGUUGCUUGUGCAGCAUGUCUAGCAAAAGGAAAACAAAUAUCAAUUAUGAUACCAGGAAGAAAAACUUGUUACAAUGGAUGGACAAAAGAAUACGAAGGAAUUUUAAUGGCAGGAUCAACUGUUCAUGUUGCUGCAUCAGAAUAUGCAUGUGUAGAUAAAGCCACUGAAGUCAUAGCCGGUGGAUCUAAAAACGACAAUGGAAAAUUAUUUUAUCCUGUUAUAACAUCAUGUGGCUCACUAAAAUGUCCGCCAUAUAAACAGGACACAGAAGUAUUGUGUGUUAUUUGCUCAAAAUAGCAAUGUCAAUUUAAUGUAUGGUCCAA